CUGGCGCGGCUGUCGCGGCUGGCGCGUCUGGCUGCGAGUCGCGAGCGCCUCGUCGCGUGUCCACGUCGCGGUGCCCCGCGCGUCGUCUCCCCGCGCCGCGUGGACGAGACGACCGUUCCAACGGUGUCGCGCGUGCGGUGUUCCGAGGCCUUAUCACCACAGUGCAGUGCUAUACGAAGGAAAAUCCCGGAAAAAAGUGAAUUGUGACGUGAACACCAAAGUGGCGUUUGACAGCCGAGAUUCACGACAGUGGCGGCAUCUUACCUGUGUCCUUAACGUCGUGAGGAGCCCGGACGUCUGUGACGUCACGGCCCCAGCGGUCGCCGCGAGUACGCCGGCGAUAUCUUGAGUGCGCCUCAGGCUGCGAUGUGUCAGGUGGCCGCGUUCUAGAAGACGUCAAAUCAGCUCGCCUGCCUGCCAGCCUGCCUGCCCGCCUGCGACUCGACGAUUCGAGUGGACGGGACUGCGCUAUCGAAGCGAUAAUGAGUGACUCGCGAAAUCAACAAUUGCCGGAAUAACCGGCAAAAAUUCCGCUCCGAGGAGAGUGUCUUAGAGGUGCUGCACGGCGGUGUUGUUGUUGUUGUGCAAAAAGUGGCCGUGUGUUGGCGGCAGUGUAGUGGUGUGUGUGUGUGUCGUGCAGGGCAGGAUAUUGCUAGUGUUGUUGUGGCCGGCAGGGAAGGCCAUAUGGUGUUUGGAUUACCUCUUCGAGACAACACCAGAAGCGCGAUCUGUCGGAGCCCGUUGAAAACCCGUGCGGCGCGCCGGGCCGACAUGCCCCCAGGAUGACGCUGAGCAGCCAACUGGGGGCGUCCAUCGGGACGUCCAUCGGGACGUCCAUCGGGGCGUCCAUCGGGGCGGCCUCCAGCAUGGGUGGGCCGCACCAGCAGGCGCCGCGCGCGCGCAAGCGCGUCACCGUCGUGCCGCCGGAGCCCCUGGUCAACGGGCACCGCGACCACGCCGACGACGCCGGGCUGGCGCACGGCCUCAAGAAGAAGCUGUCCAGCCUGAUCCGCAGCACGGGUGACCUCUCCAACAACGUGUACGCCGCGCUGGACGAGACCGCCAUCACGUUCGUGCGCACGCUCAGCCUGCGCCACCGCCGCAAGAAGAAGAUCAGCUCGCAGUGGACGAGCUACACGGGCAGCUCGCUCGACGAGGACGCCGCCAGCGAGGCCGGCUCCUCGGGCGCCGAGUCCCGCGUCGGCUCCACGCUGUCCCUGGCGGACGACGCGACGGCCAAGCGCACGAGGACCUUGAGCGCGCCGCUGCGCCGCACGCUCAGCUUCGCGGAGGCCGAGAGCGUGGCCGCCGUGACCAUGCGGCAGCGCUCCGGCAGCCACAGCGAGUUCACCGACUUCAGGCACUCCAUGAGCUCCUUCCCGAUGGAGAACGCCCUGCGGCGCCACGAGCGCAGGCACAGCCGCUCCAGGGAGCACAUGCACUCCGCCUGGAGCACCUCGCUCACCUCGCUGCAGGAGGGCGUCAUCGCGGAGGAGGGGCUGAGCCUCCACGGCGGCAGUGGCGGCAGCGUGGGCACGCUCACGUCCACGCUCAGGGGCAGCCACGGCAGCCUGCUGGACCGCCGCGACGCCGAGGUGGAUGAGGCCACCGCGGCUCGCUGCCCAACGUCGCGGCCUUCCCCGGACACCUCGACAGGUAAGGAGCUGACGACGGCCUCUGACGGCAGCCUCUGA